AUGGCGGCGGUGCCGUCGCCGCCCUGCUCUGCUGAAGAGACCUCCUUGUCCGUGAUACGGUCCCCGGGCAGCGAAGACACGGAAGCCCCGGCCAAGGCGGCGGCCCGCGAAGAGCCGCUGCCGAUGGUGCUGCUGUGCGGCGGUUGUAGGCGGGUGGUGGGAGACACCCUGGCCUGGGAAGCCAACGACGAGGCCUCCCGCGGCCUCCUCCUCAGGGGUGUUUCUCACGUUGUUGCAGUGGACAAAGAGCAGAAGCUUUCAAGCAGGCCAGAAGAGCGUGGUUGUGUUAUCGAAAGUUUGUUUUGCUCGGGAUGCAAGAUGACGCUUGGAAGCGUUUACAGAUGCACGCCAAGACAUCUCGAUUACAAACGAGAUUUGUUCUGUUUAAACAUUGACUGUCUUGAAAGUUAUACUCUAGGAAGCGCAGAACAAAAAGCUGAUGUGGACGAAGAGCCUCUGACCCUUGAAAGUAAAGCCGUUUUGGAAGAAUCACUAGAAAGGGCAAUGACCUCUCUGAAGGUGAUGGAGCACCGGUUAUCUCUAAUCGAAUCGAGUUCUGCAUCUUUUCCCAGUAAUGGCUGA